AUGGCCGGCCGAUUUCGCGUCAGCUCCGUGAACGACACCACAGCGGCACAGCCGCUCACACCUUCUGUGUCACUUACAAUCCCACAAAAUGGACAGACACAAGAUGACGGUGCCGAAAGAAUCCCGCUCUGUGAACAGCACUCGCCCCUCGCCCUCUAUGAGGCCGACUAUGACACUCAGGGACAGAAAAUCGGACAAAUGUUACGGAAGCUAUCCGUGUACAACGCGACCGAACCGACGUCGGAGGAAGCCGAUGAGAAGCCAAAAACG